UAUCGGCCUCGGCAGCGGCGCUGUGCCGAGGGCGGCAGCGCUGAGCCGCGGCCGCUCCCGUCGCCAAGGCGCUGCCUGGCACAGAAACACAGAGGGAGACGGACUGACAGACACACGCAGCGCGGAGCGGCGCGGGCUCGGGGGCCGCCUUUGCAGCUCCUCCGCUCCCUGCACCAUGCUCCGCUCCAGGCAGCGCACGCCCGCUGCUCCUUGAGGGCAGCCAGCCCCGCGCCCGGCUUAAGCGGGCGACUGGCAGCCGGCUCCUCUCCCCCGCCCCCAGUUACCUGAGUUAGCUCCGUCCCGGGCACUUUGGCAGCGCCUCCGCCCUCUCCCGCUGUGGCAGCUCCUGUGCGGCGGAGGAGUGAGCCGCCAGCAGCCGGAGGGACUGCAGCCGCCGCCGGGGGAGACGAGCUCAAGCCCCCGCCCCCGGAGCUCUUCAUGGCGUCUCACCAGCAGACGAGGAUCCAAGACUACCUGGAGAAGAAUAAGAUCGGUCCCCUCUUCGAGGAGUUGAUGACCAAGCUGAUAACGGAGACACCUGACCAGCCAAUCCCAUUUCUAAUUGAUCAUCUUCAGUCCAAGCAGGGAAACCAUGGUCAGCUUCAGAGAACAUUGUCUGGCUCUGCUGCCCUCUGGGCAGAGAGUGAAGCAUCAGAAAAUAAAGGAACAAGAAGAGAUUUUAGAAAUUAUGAUAAGCCUUGGCAGGUAAAUGCAAAAAAGCCUAAAAAGUCAAAGAGCGACCUUGCUGUGUCCAACAUUUCUCCACCAUCACCGGAGUCCAAGUCAUUGCCAAGGUCAAUAGAGCAUCCUAAAUGGGAUUGGAAGACAAAACCGGAGAACCAUGAGUUUGAUGAACUAAAUCAUAUUCUUCAAGAGAGCAAAAAGCUUGGAAAAGCCCUUGAGAAUCUGUCUCACAGCAUUGCUGUUUCUGAUGAACUCGAUAAGGACACAGCAGGUUUUAACACCCCCCUUCUCAGACCUCGUGUUAUUGGAGAGUGGAUUGGCCGUGAAGAGAAUGAUGCAGACCCUCUGGCUGCUGAGAUGCUGCAGCCACCAAUACCAAGAAAUAAAAAUGAGCAGUGGGACAGUGAGGAUAGCAGCAGUCCUGGAGGAAGCUUAAAAAUGGAGCCAAAGACCAAAGGAUUAAAACAUCAACAGCAGCAACAUAAGAAACUGCUGGCUGCCAUGCUUUCUCAGGACUCCUUUGAUUCUGCUCAAAGCACAGCUCCGUCUGUAACCGAAGAAGACAUUGACAAUGAAGAUGAUGCAAUGGAACUACUGGAGGAUCUUGAUGAUCUCAGAAUGGAAGGAGUAACAAGUGUGGUGUCUUCUGGGAGCAAAUUCAAUCAAACUCGAAGUGCUCAUACGGCUGAGCCUCAAGCAAAGGUCACAUUGAAUAUAUGUGCAAGAUGUGCCAGAUUGCAAGGGGAUAAUUUGGCAGAAAGGCCAGAAGAUGUCUCCAUGGUAUCUCAGACAUCUGAGCCAGCAGUGUCAGACUCUGAUGUUCAAGUACCUGGGGUUGAAACACUCACAGAAGAUAUUAAUGAGCUUCAGAGUGCUUCUCAAGUGGCAGCAUCUUCUCAGACGGUUUGGACCUUGGAUGCCAUGGCUGUUAGAUCUGGAGGUUCCCCAAGGCAGAAACUCCUAAAGGACUCCUUAGCAGCAAAAGAACUUCAGACCAUGGAAAAACACCUAGCUGACAUUGAGAAGGACCUCGCACUGUGGGAAGAAGCACGGCUCUCGAGAAGCCCUGGUGUCCAGCAUCCCAGUGUAGUUACCUCUGACAAUCUUCAAGCUGCACAGGGCCAAACCCCAAGGCCUCAGGUGCCAACUCCGACACGGAAGAACAUUCAGCUCCAAGGAAGCAAAUCACCCCCGCUGCCCACUAACAGCAGAACACAGAUCUCUAGUGGCACAAGCAGCAGUGCACAAACCAACAGGCCAUCAGCUCCAGGGAGCAGACCUAUGACCCCAAAUACCUUGUUGUCACGGCCUCUUACCCCUAGCAACCAAGGAAAUAGGGAAGGCAUUAUUAGCAUGCAAAGAAGCAGAUCUUUGUCAUCUAAGAGCCAAAUGGGGAGGACCCUCAGUGCUGCUUCAGGGCUUUCUGUGCAAGUGAGUGGAGAUGUUGUUGGAACUGUCACUACUCAGAGAAACAGUUUAUCAGAAGAUGAAUUCUUACAACAGCUUCAACUUGCUCAUCAACCUUGGAUAUUGCCGAGUGACACAGAAAGUGAAGGAGUGGAAGCUGACCAAGACAAAUGUAAGUACAUGUGUAAGGACCAGAUAAUAUGUCAAAAUCCCUCAACUUUACUUCUGUUUUCCAUAUCUUCAGAUUCUGUGGAGCUGUCAUGCCUGCUGACAGGAGCUUUUCUCAUAAGUACCAAUUGCUUAUUUGUCUGAGGACUGAACCUUAUAGGAUUGAUUUGCAGAAGCUUUCAUGUAGUCACUGAACAAUGACAAAAUGAUCACAGAACACUGUUUACUUAAGCUAAGUGAAACAAUUUGUCCUGAUGUGUUAAAGUAGCUAUUCCAGAAAAUAACAUGAACCUGAAAUAGAUAAUCUGAACUUGAAGUAGAUAGUAUCUUUCAUAAGUCUGUAUUCACCAGCAAAAAAAAUAGCAAAGUAAAAAAGUCCACGUAUAAAAAGUAGAGCCUCCCUCCUUAGGUCUGUCACUCCAUUGCAUCCAUUUUCCUUACAUUCUAUUUAAUUCAUCUGUAUUAAUAAAAAAGUUCUUAAUCAUACCAGUAAUCCUUAAUAUCCUACACUCUUUGAAGUAUUUAUCCAGUUGUGGAAGUGAGGGUCAGCAGGAUCAGAGCCUAGAUGGCAGAACAAGUAAAAGGCUAUAAAUUGCAAUGUUUUCAAAUUGUAGCAAAUUCUCCCUGCCUACAAGGUACCUGUAAAUGAUCACACUAGUUCACAUAAUCUCUUUUGAUUCACAGUAGUUUUGUGAUCUGCAAGGGUGAAUAUGCAAACUGCUUCCUAACAUAUUUUAUUUUUUAAAAAAUCAUUAAAUCAUUUGAAUCAUUAAAAUAGAUUAUUUGAUCAGCAUGUUUAGAAAACUCAAUACUGGUUUAAACAUGAAGAGUUAACAUAUGAAAAAGAUGUUUUCUUUACAGAAGGGAAAAGUUCUGUAAUGGAUUAAGGAUUCAUAAGAAACAGUCCAGAUAAACAGAUUUUUUAAAAUUAUGCCACUUUAAAAAGUUGGUUUUUACUCAUACAUUAGUUUCACAAUUUUGUACAUAGCCCAGAGUUUGACUAAAAUUUAAAUUUACACAGUGAGAUCCUAAAGACCAUGUGCCAGGUCUUUUUGAACACUAGUAAAAUGUUACAAUGAGAUUCUGUGCAUCCAGCUGAUUUUAGUCCAAGGCCAGUAAGUCCAAUUUGACUUGCACCAGAGCAUUUCAGUUACCUUUGAAUUGAAACUCACCUUGGGUGGCUCAAGAGAGGCUCUGGGACCUGUCUUUCAUGUGUGCAUUUUUUCCUCAGUAUUUUCUGUAAUGAAUUUGCAGUCCCACAAACAUUGGUAGGAUUGGCUGUGCAUACACAGACUGAUGCUAAUUAUGUGACAAGGGAGACUGAUGCUCCAGGACAUAUCGGAUGCACACCAUGGUUUUGUAUAGGUGCUGUACUUGAAUUGUAUGUGAGGACUUGUGAGCACCCAAAAUCCUGUGCUAUAAUACUCCAAGAAUGCUAUAAUACUCGAAUAUUCCAAUGAUUAGUAGGUCAUUGUCACUUCCCAAAAAAACAAAGUGAUGAGUUAAAAAUUAGAAGCGUGUUGUCAAGGUCGAUGUCCAAAUGCCUCUUGAGCAGUGGCAUGCUUGAGCUAUUGACCAUCUCCCUCAAAAGCCUGUUCAGUCUUUCUCCCUCUCAGUAAAGGAAUGCUUCCUGAUAUCAGCCUGAAUCUCUCCUGUCACAGCAUUGAGCCAUUGCUAUGUGUUCGGUCACUGAAUACCAGGGAGAAGAGAUCAGUGCCUCUCUCCACAUGCCCUUCUCAGGAAGCUGUGACGUCAAUCCUCAGCUUCAUUUUCUCCAAACUAGACAAGCCCAAAAUCCUUAGCUGCCCCUCACAGGUCAUGCCUUCCAGCCCUCUCACCAGAUUUGUUGCCCUUAUCUGGACCCACUGAAGGACCCUCACACCCUUCUUAAAUUGUGGUGGCCAGAACUGCCCACAGUGCUCCAGGUGAGGCUGCACCAGUGCUUUACACAGUGGGGUAAUCACCUUUCUUGAGCAGCUGGUGAUUCUGUAUUUGAUGCACCCCAGGAUGGGAUUUGUCCUAUGGCUUCCAGGACACCCUGCUGAUUCUUGCUGUGCCUGCUGCCAGCCAGCAGCCCCAGAUCCAUUUCUGCAGAGAGGCUCUCCAGCCACUCCUCUCCCAGUUUAUAUUUUGCUUGAUGCUAGUCUGUCCCAGCUGCAGAAUCUGGUAUUUUGAUUUGUUAAACUUCAUGCCAUCAAUCACUGUCCAGUGUUCCAGUCUGUGGAGAUCCAUCUGCAGAGCCUUUUGUCCUUUUAAGGAGUCAGCAGCACCUCCCAGUUUGGGAUCAUCAGCAAACGUGCCAAUGGUGGAUUCAGCUCCUGCCUGCAGGUUGUUGGUAAAUGUAUUGACCAGAACUGGCCCUAGAAUUGACCCCUGGGGAACACUGCUGGUGACCAGUGACCCCCUUUGAGCUCUGCCCUUCAGCCAGCACAGCCUGCUGCCACUCAUCCCACAGCUGGACAAGUUGUCCUGAAGGAUGCUGUGAGGGACAGUAUCAAAAAUAUUACUCACAUCCAGAAAAACCAUGUCCACCAACUUCCCUUCAUCCCCUGGGUGGGUGACCUUACCAUAGAAAGCUGUCAAGUCAGUUAAACAGGACUUUCCCUUUGUGAACCCAUGCUGACCUCAGUGUAGUUAGCUGGUGCACCCUCUAUCACAGUUUCUACUACUAUAACUAAAUGGAUGGAACAAAAAUGUUUUAUUAAAGUAAUAUUUCCUGUAACUGAACUCUAAUAGUGAAAAAUUUUAUUAAAAGUAACUAACAGUGGUAACAUCCUUGUCUGAGUUUUUUGUGAUAGUGACAUUGUCAAGAAAGUGCAGAACUGCCAGUGCUGACAAAGAGAAGCUGCCAAUUCCUGGUUGUAAAGUGCAGUCAGCAAGGGGCUUUGGCACACUUGCUGAUGCCACUGCUUGUAGGUAGACCAGCUGGCAAGAUUACACAUCAUUUCUCACCCCAAAGUAAUAAAUCUGUUUGGGUAUUUUUUGAGUGAUUUAGUAUUGAGAAGGCCCAGGAGUCCAUAAUUUGUGAGUUUGAGCAGAAGAGCUGCAAAAUUAAUCUUUACAAUAGUAACACCUGUUCUUUGAUUCAGCUUUUGAUAAAUUACAUGUGGAUAAUGUUUACCACAUUCUUUGACUACUUUGAGAUAAUAGCAGCCAGGUGCAAAGCUAUUUUUGGUAGUGGGAAAACAAUGCAGAAAGAGAAACUGUGUCAGUCACCUUGAGUUCUUUAAAAAUAAUAUCAUCUGAGUUUAGAGUUUUAAAAGAAAAAGAAUGAAAAAAAUAAUGGGGGAACAGUUUCAAAGGUAUUCAUAUGUAAGAGUUUGGGGAGGCUAUUUUCAAAGUAAGUGAUAACUGAACAGAACUGGGUCACUUUGGAAUCUCAACAUCUCUCAAGAAACGUCAUUUGCAAAACAGAUGCAACAGUGCAUAUCUUGUCUUAUGGAAAUGAGAUCUUGGUUCUCCAUUCUUGUAAAUCAGACUUUAUGUUUUAAAUUCUCCAGGCUCUCUGACAGCAUUUUAAAAAUUUAACCUUAGCAGCAAGUUUCAAUGAUAACUGGAAGUCAGUAAUUGUUAAACCUUCAGACUAAUUAUGACAACAUUUUAAAUCAAAUAGCUACUCACGUAAAAGUUUAAAUUAUUCUAGCUUAAAAGAUUUGUUAUGGUAAAGAAGGAAAGAAAAACAUUUUUAAGAAGCUUUAUUGAUUUUUUUAGCAUACCCUUUACUUUUCCUCUUUGUGCACUUAAUUAAGUGUGUGGCCAUAAGUCGGAGAAAGAGAUAGUGUAUAAUUAUUUGCUCUCGUAAUGUACAUUUUGUUAUUAAAAAAGGGAAUUAAAACAUGCAUUUUAAGACCUAUUAUAAUUUAGAAACAAAAUCUCUUCUCUUUGCAAAUUGUAUUCUUCUUUGAAAUUCUCUACACAAUGAAAGAUGAAAAUUGUCAAGGCAAUAUGAUACAAAAUCAAGGACCUGUGACAUUCUUUUAGAGUGACUAAAAAUGUCUCUAGACAACCUCAUGUGUGUUCUUCCUCUGUGAUCCUGGAGACAGUUCCCCAUUAUUAUCUGCAGUAGUUUGCUUGUGUGCUGAUUCUCUGCAAAGAGUUUUCAGAGAAUGCAUAGAGAUAAUUCUUGGAAAAAGGAGGGAUCUGGAAAAAAUAUUUACUACUUGCAUAAUCCUUCAGUUUGAUGAAAGUUCUUUCAGCUGGCAAGAAUAGAUUUUCUUUUUUAUGGGGUACUGAUGCACAGAAAUAGAAGAACUGCAUCCACUGCCAUCAGAACAUUUUUAGACAGAUUUUAUGAGAAGAAAUUCAUCCUUCCAGGGGACUGACAAGAGUCUGCUUGACUUUUCCCUUGAGAACAAGUCCUACAAAGAUUAAAGAUUGGAAAUUUUUAAAGUAUCAAUAGCUUUCAAGAACCUUGAAAAGACAAAGACAGGGCUUUUGGUAUAAUUUGACCUGCCAGCUGUAGUCUUGGCAAGGAUUUACUGCCCAAAAGACUAAAUCUGCUUUUUUGGGUACCAAACUCAAGAAGCACAUCAGAUUUCCCCAGGUCUCACAGCCUUGGACAUAAAGGGUCCCUACCUUCAUUCAGUCCUCCUAGCAGAUGUACAUGACAGGUGAAUGAAGUAGACUCUUGAAAAGCUUGCUAUUUGGUUAAUCUAUACUAAAUAUACCCACAGAACAUUAAGGACUGGAAGGCACCCUUAAGGAUCAUCUGUGUAAAAACAUUCCUUUGUGCUAAUCUGCUUAAGGCAUGCCAGUUUCUGUAGUCAGUGGCACAUGAAGUUGUGUGUUUAGUAUCGCUUCAUUCCAUCUUGCCAAAAGGAGCACUAGAUGGUCAUUUCUAGCUCAGUUGAUCCAAGGCAAGUCUUGAACUCUUCCCCUCUUACCUGUGGGAGGAAAUUUAAAUAUUUUGCUACUCUUAAUCUGCAAACUCUUUGCUAAGGUUGACAGUGAAAUGUCUACUGCUGAUAAAUCAAAUGGUCAUUGGGAAGAAGUGGGAUUUCUACACCAUUCAUUCUUGCACUGGUCUUGAAAUUCUGCAGUCAAAGACACUCUGCUAAUGACUUCAACAGUUGUUGAAGAAAACCUUCAUUUUGCUAUUUGCACACUUGUCUGCCUAGGAGAAAACCCAGAAGAAUGAAAGAUUUGGGUUAUUUUUUGUAGACUUUAGAAAUUCAGACUGUGUUCUAGUAAAAUUCCAAUCCAUACCCAAAUUCUCUAAUACCCAUUUGUGCAUGGGUAAAGUUCCUUGCACUGAGUAAAUUCACAUGCCAAAACAGUCAAUUUAUCCUAAUUAUACAAAUAAGUGUUCCUGAGAUUUGGAAGAUUACUUGGCCAGAGUUAACAAUAGGGAGGGCUCUACUGCUGGAAUAUGUUUUUCCUGUGAAAGUUUGCUUUUGCUAGGGCCAGGUGCUACUCAAUAUGAGUAAGAAUGACAAAAUUUGGGUUAGAGCAGCAGCUGUUGAUUGCAAACUUUAUUACAUCUACACAAACACAUUCCAUUUCUGUCAUUCAAAAUCGGCUGGUUGUAUUUGUGCUCUGCUCUGAUAGAGCAUAGCUGUAUUGGAAAUGUCUCAGUGGGUAUAAGUUUAGGGCAAGGCUAGAUGUGGUUUCUCUAGAGAGUAACGUGCUUAUGAGGCAUCACUCAAAUGUUAGUCAAUUAUAUAUCUGGUUUGUAAGAACAUAAUUGUUGUAGUUGGCAGUUUUUCUCAGUAGAUAAUAAAUUCACUAUAAACAUACACUUUUUUUUUUUUUUUUUUUUUUUUUUUGUCUCACAAGUGAAUCAGUCCCAAAAGUGAACUUUUAUGCUGAUUCAUGAAUAUUCUGGAGAAACAUAUUGGUGUCUUUCUUUCAUUUAAUAUUUCAAAAGCAAUACAAACUGCAGUAAAAAAAAUCAUAUAUCCCCUUUCCAAAGGGUGUCAUAAAGCUUUUGUCUGCUUGGGAUACGAGUUAUUUUCUAAAUUUCUCCAGUAUACACUUAUGUAUAUUAAAGCAAAUAUGUUGUCUCUCAUUCUGUCUGCCAUUGGCUUGGCUACAUAUUUAGCUUGAGACAGUUAUAUGUCCACAUCAGAAAUAGGAUACCAGAAAGGAUUGUGCUCCUGUAAAUAGAAUUUCUCCAGGCGUAUUGGAUGCUCUUGGCUGGAUGUCUUGUGGCACUCAUAGCUAAAGAUGUAUCACUUCAUAUAACUACUUUUUGAGUCUGAAAGUAGAUGAAAAUAAUUUUCUAGCAUGGAAAUCUGCUCACUUGGGUUUAAUUAUUUAUUGAUGGUGAAACAAAUGUAGAGAUUGACAUUAUUUCUACCAGAAGUCAUCUGACUUCUGGUAGAAGUUGGACAGUGAAUGGUGAGUUCAAAUGAAAUUAGGGAAAGUUGAAGUUAGACUCAGGUUUCCUAUUUUUUGAAUGGAUGUGCUUAAAUCCAAAGCUGCUGUUAUCAUCUUAUAUUAUUAAGGUUUUAAGGCACAUUGCUUUAUUUAUACUGACUAAUAUUUUGUUUAACUUUGGAAAAGUUCACAUUGGACUAAAUAUUUAGUAUGAGAAGGGAAUUUUCCAUUGCAGUGAGUAAAAAAUAAAAAUUCAACACCUGUUUUAUGCAGAAAGCUCUUUUCAGUAAAGCUUCCAAACCUACAGAUAUCUUUUUCUACAGCUUGCCUUAUUAUGCUAAACUUGGAUUCCAAAUGGCAUUUAAUGUAAUAAAAAAUGACACUAUAAUUUAAAAAAUGGCCUAGAGAAUUAUCAGGACACACAUUAGGUAAAUUAAAAGCUGGCUCAAUGAGGAAUCAAAAACUAGAGUUUCUAAUGGGAUGAUGUAGAUGAAUGGGGCUCAUUAGGGUCUGAUAGGUUUGGAUAAUGGGUGGGAAGAACAAGUUGAAGUUAUUAAAUGAUAUGAAUCCCCUGGUAUAAUGGCCACAUUCCAGUAAAAUGCACUUUAUUAUAACCAGAUGAAGUAUAUUUAAACCAAAUGAAAUAUAUCUGGCACCAGAGGAUCAUAUCUGUCUCUGCUGCAGAAUAAUGAGGCUUUGUCCUGGAAAGCAGUGACCUAAUGGAUUUAGGAUGGUCAUAGAAGAUCAUCUCAGUGUGAGCUCUCAGCAUAAUGCUGUCACAGUGAAGGCUAGACCAUUUCUUGAAUGCCUUAGAAGUUAAGCAGCAAAUUAAUUAUUCCACAUAAUAUCAGUUAAAAAACCCGUGGGUUAGGUGUCUUUGCAUUAAGAUAGAUUGGGAUUACUCAAGGGAUUUCAUGAUUAAAAAUGACUAAGGUUUGGGAAACCCUGUUAGGAAUUUGCCUCACUCACAUAAAUGCACUGAACCAGGAACUUUAGAGAUAACAUGAUACCUGUAGAUAGAUGUUUAAGUAAAAAAGAUUCAGCUCAUCAAACUGUGACAAAGGAAAUCAUAUGCUCUGUCCUAGCAACCAGGAGCUUCAGGUGUUAUAAGCAAAAAUUAAGGGAUGCAAUGAACUCAAAGCCAUUAACAUGUCUUAACCUCUUCUUAACUUCUCCAGUUAAGACCAGUCGCUGGGUUUUCUGUGGGUAACAGUCACAGGAAUCUGCAGGUGAAACAGGCUUAUACAUAUUUGCUUUUCUUUAUCCCAUCCUAAGACAAAACCGUAACUUAUAGAUCAAACUGUGAUAGAGCUUGAAUAUCUGCUAAAAUAAGCACCUCCAAGGAAAACAACUGGACAUUAGGUAUAAAUGACAAAAAGCUCCCAGCCAUAUAAAGGUAAUAAAGGGUAAAAACUGUUGCUAAGGUUUCCUAGGCUUUAUGUCUUGUGUUUUGUUUGUUUGGUUGGUUCAUUUGUUUUUGUUGUUGCAGAGGUUUUCAUGGUAUGUGCCUUGCUUUGUUGAUUAUCAGUACAGAAUCACAUAAAAAGUCCAGGCUUAUCACCUGACAAAAUGAAAAUUACUCCAGUUGUAUUUAAUUAAUUAGCUGGAGAUAAUGGAAAGAGUUUGUUCAUGCCAAGUUUCUUAAAUCUCCCAGAAAGGGCUUGCAUAUUUAAAUGUUCAAAAGGAGUGAAACUGCUGUGCCUGAUUUCCUUCGGUGUUUAAAAAAGCAAGGUGAAGGGUUCUCAGGUAACACACAGACCUUUAUGCACCAGUACAAUUAUUCAGUUAUUCAGCAGUACAAUUAAAUGAGUUUAUGGUGUUUAUUUCCAGUUUAUAACCUUGGUUCUCUAACUGGAUCUAUGUAAUAGGUCCAGUUACAGCAUUAUAUAUCUUAUACAAAAAAUGGAGAGGGCAGGUUGUGUUCCAGUCAACAACACUUGCAAAACAGUCCAUUGCAAUAUGCAUCAGUAAAUAUUUUCAAAAGCUAAAUUUCCAUUUCCUUCGCGGAAGGUUCUCAACCUGAACACAACCAGAAAUUAAAACAUUGCUAUCUCAGCUUAUCUGAUUAAUCACAGAUGCAUAUUAUGUUCAAUGUUUUUUUGAAACACAGGCUAUUUUUUGCAACCUAUUACCACUAUUGAAAAUGAAGUAGCAGAAAAAAACCCUUGAAAACACUGAAUAAUUUGAACAAAUAGUGUAACUAAGGACACUGUUGUUUGCUUCUGAGUAUUUAAAAAAAAAAAAAAAGAAUUGAGAUUCACCAACAUACUAGUCCAUGUUACUUUUUAACUGUGAAUUCAGCAUAAUAGAAAACUCUUACAAAAUGAAAACAUGGUGAGGGAUUAAUUUUCCCUUUUCCUCCAUUUUUGUGUACAUUACAUUUGUGCCCUAACUUCUGUGUUUUUCUGUUUGAUUUCACAGGUUUGUGAAAUCAGUGAAAUUACUGAAGAACAGUUUAAUAAAAAACAAAAUUAUGGUGAUCAAAACUACACCUAAAAAUUUGCAUUCAUUUAUAAAUAACAAAUUUAAAUAGUUAUUUUUGUAGUAUCAGCAGCACAUGAGUGAAACUGCUCUGAAAUGAGGAUGCCGUAAUGCACUGAAUGAGAGUAUUUACUGUGGUACAGUGGCCUUAGGAAAGAAGGGUAAUUGGCACCUUUUAGUAUAAAUUUACUAUGAUAUUUUGUUUAGUUUAUACCCCUGUUGUUUUGGAUUGACAUUUGAUAAACUAAAAUUCUGCCUGACCAAAACAAACUUUGCCUAAAGAUUGUAUGUAUUUAAAUUUGUCUAAGGUUUUCUACUCCUUAUAUUUUUGUAAUCUUUUCUCCUUUUUAGAUUAAUAAACAUUAAAGUAUUUGCUGUAUCUGCCCAUGUGUAUGUCCCAUUCAGGUCUCACAGAGAGCUAGCUGUUCCCUCAUAGUCACCUGCAGAGAGAGGUCAGACAGGGGAAUGAGUGAAAGGGUGUGUGUGGGUAGCAGAAACAGGUGCUGCUCGUGCUGCAUAGCUUUGUAUUGAAUUUAUCUACUUUGAUCUAUAAAACAAAUAAAGACUCUGUUAAAAAGGGGAACACAAUAAGGAGUGGUGCAAGCAUGCAAAAAUAAAGCACCUAAAAGGGAUUUCAUAUAUUAUGAUAAAGUGUUAGUUAUCCACAUGAAUUACUGAAACAAACUUGCUGUUUAAAAUAUUCUAUCUGGUGUGUGCUGUGUGCUUGGAACUUCAGAAGAUGUGUUAACACAGACGUCAAAUGAUGGGAUGUGGCAGUUGCAUUUACUGAUUUCAUUUACCUGUUAAUUCUGUCAAGUGUGUUCUCAGGUUCCUUUGUCUUCAAUUAUGUAUGCUUUGAUCCUGUAUCUUCGACAGACUGAUAUAAUGAAAUGGCUUGCAACUAUUAAAAAAUGCAGUAUUACAAAGCAUCUAUUUGUUUAAGAAAUAAAAAUGAGUUGUCUGUCA